AAUGAUAAUGAUGAUGAUCGUACUUUUGAUGCUGCUGAAAAAGACGAAGAAGAAGUUGAUGAUGAUGAUGAAGCUAUUGAUGCUGGUGUUGAAAUUGAUAAUUGGUUUGCUUGCGAUAAAAAGCAUCCGAGAAGAAUUCAGUGGAAUGGAAUAAAAGCGAUUUGUGUGAUUUUGAGACUAUUCUGUUGUCCGGGCUGGUGGGCGACCGAAGUGUGGAUGUAG